AUGGAUGAAGAUGUUGGACUGUUCAUGGUGUUACGAUUUUGCUAUCCUGAACUCACUAUGUGUGUUACUGUAGGGCCGAAAAACGUCGCCACUUAUGAGUUACAAUGUAGGAGACCCUUCCAAGUUGCCCGCCAUUUGUACCUGCCGGAGACAGAAGAUGAGAAUUUGCAACGCGAAGCUCAAAUUCGAUACAAUGGCAAAACCCUAAAAACCCAUAUCUUACAUUAUGUUUGUAGUAACCUUAACUCCAUAUCUAACCCCCAUCACCUUAUCAAACCAGAUCUAAUUUCAGGAAGAACAAUUCCAGCGACAGAGAGAGUCCUCCAGGAAAAUUUUAGUGAGGCAGAGAUGAUGGUUAUGAAGAUAUGGAGAUUGAAACGCUCGGGCCAAUGGAACAAAGUACUGAACCAAACCACGUCGAACAAGUUGACAAUGGAAGAUAAUGAACAAAUCAAUUCAAGUCCGGCAAGUGUCCUAAACAACGACCCAAUUCUUCUAAGUUCCGAAGAGAGCGAAGAAUAUUCUUCUAGGGGAUCUAGCGAAAUUUGUCUUGUUGCCAACUUCGUAGAGGAACUUGAUCGUGCUCUUUUGGAAGCUGCUUCUAGGGUUCGAGUCUUGAACGAACCUAACUAUUCUACAUCGGAUUAG